AUGCCCCUCCAAGAGUUCCAGGUCGUCGGGCGCCAUCUCCCGACUGAGUCGGAGCCCAGCCCCAAAAUUUACCGCAUGCGCAUCUUCGCGCCGAACGAGGUCGUCGCCAAGUCGCGGUUCUGGUACUUCCUGAGGCGUCUCGACAAGGUGAAGAAGGCCAGUGGCGAGAUCAUUGGCGUCAAUGUCAUCCACGAAAAGAAGCCGCUGAAAGUCAAGAACUUCGGUAUCUGGAUCCGCUACGACUCGCGCUCCGGAACCCACAACAUGUACAAGGAGUUCCGUGAGCUCACCCGCGCCGAUGCCGUCAAGUCUCUCUACCAGGACAUGGCUGCGAGGCACCGUGCCCGUUUCCGGUCGAUCCACAUCCUCCGCGUCGUCGAGAUUGAGAAGGGCGAUGAUGUCCGCCGGCCCUACAUCAAGCAGCUCCUCACGCCCAGGCUCAAGUUCCCUCUGCCUCACCGUGUUGGCAAGAGCCGCUCGACUUUCGUCGCUCACCGCCCCUCGACGUUCUAA